AAUCUCUUAUACUGGUAGCAUAUUAUUAUUAUUAUUAUUAUUAUUAUUAUUCCCUUCGGACGUUCGACGCACAAAACGUAAUAUUAUAUUGUAUCUAAAUAGCCAGCGGUCAUGCAGACCUUCGAGGACGACGCGGACGACGUCGAAGUCUACGCUGACGACGCGGACGCCGAAGACUGCGCUGACGCCGUCGAGUUUCCGGUUCCGGUGGCCGGCGCCAGUCUUCCGGUGGAGGUGGUCUGCCAGCGGGUGCGCGAACCACGGGACAUGUUCGACUGGGAGCGGAGCGAAGCGCGGGCUGACCUUUUGGUGUUCGUCCGGCACAUGAACGAUGUGGCCAAGCGGUACCCGGCGGCGGCGGCUGCGAGGCGGCGUCGUCGCCCGCGUCCGUUCGAUGACAACGUGGACAGGGCGAUGGCGGUAUUGCGGACGGUCGGCGAGUGGGCGGUAAAACGGUGCGGGCCCGCGGGCCAAGACGACCGCCCGGAGUCCGCCGCAGAGCGAUUCUGCCAUUUCCACAGCCAGCUGAGGGCCGACGGCCGUUGCCUACUCAACCGGACGUACGGCGGUCGUGGCCGUGCCGAAUACCGAGACGUCAUGCUCCCGGCGUACCUAGAACGGAGCUUCGGCGAUCCAGUCACGAUGGCCUACGGACCGGCGCACGAACUGUCGUUCUGCGCUUUCCUGGUGUCGCUGUUCAAGCUUCACCACUUGACGUGGGCAGACGAACCGUUCGUGGUGACAGUAAUCUUCGACAAGUAUUUGGAUGUCGUAGACUACGUGAUACGCUCCUAUCAGCUGUACCCUUCGAGCAGCGAAUAUGGUGGUAACUUGGGUAACUGGUGCCUGAGCGGUUACCAGUUUGUCGGGUUCCUGUGGGGCAGUGCGCAGCUUGCGGGAAGCUGCGGCGACGGCGACGGCUCUGCACCCGAUGGCAUACCUUCGUUGUCGUCACCGACGGCGGUCAUAUCGGACGCGUACGCGUGCCGACGCCACCGGGAUGAUUACGUGUUCGCCAAGUGCAUGGACGCUGUGUACCGCCGGGCAAGAAAGGAUGUGCCGCUGUGGUACCACUCGUACCAGCUGUGGAACUUGACAGCUCUGCCGAGGUGGGACAGGGUGAACGGGUGCCUGAUUACUGCAUACCAGCGAGACGUGCUGGGCCGGUUCGAGGUCAUCCGCCAAUUAGCCUUUUGCGAACUGUUCAAAUUCGCCCAAAACGUUCGUCCACCAGGUAUGUCGUUUUACGAUAUUGUACCUGCGAUGCCACCGUCGGAGACAGCCGCGAGCCCGACGGUGACGGACGUUUUGUCCUACGACGACGACAAUGACGAAGACGAAUACGAAGACGAUGAAAAAAGAAUUAUCGAAUACGGAGAAAUUGAAGAUGGAGAAAUGGUGGACGGGGUAACAGGAGAUGUUGAAACAGUCGAGGACGAAGGAUUUCUAUUAUAAUAUUAGAUGUCCAAUGAAAACAAAUGGCGAUUAUCCUAAUUUUCGUUUCGUUGCUAUUUUUCGUUAGUAGAUAUAAUACAAAUAUACAAUUUAUAGUUAAAUAUCGGCGUCUUACGGACAAAAGAUAUAGGUAUACCUAAUAUAGGUACCUAUGCGUAUGUAUUUACCAAUAUAAAGAAAAAGUGGCACGAUGAUGAAUAAAAAUUGGCCUUCUUAAAUUGUUGCACCACUUUUAAAAAAAAAAUUUAAAUGGUAUCCCUGAUUUAUACAUUUAGAAUUUCAUAAAAUAGAAUUAAAUACAUUUGAUUAUUAAAAAUAUCAGUAGUUAAACAGUACAUUUUGUUCAUGAUAAUGAUAUGGACGUUUCACUGUAAUUGUAUUGUAUACUAGAAAUAUGUACCAGUGGACACUUAUUUCUCGAAAUAUUUAUUUAAAA